AUGGUCUCUCUCGCUGUCGUAGCCCUUCUCGCCGUCUCGGCCGUUAACGCCAACCCCGUUCGUGACUCUUUCAGCGCCAAGCUCGUCCGCCGCGCCGAGGAGGAGGUCAUGAAGACCAAGGAGGACUACUACAAGCUUCUCCCUGCCGAGUGUAAGGAGAAGUGUGACGGCUCUGCCUUCACCGUCGAUGCCUUCUGGGGCGACGCCAAGUGCAUGGAGGACUUUGACGGCGACGCCUGCCACAAGGUUGUCUGCGACACCCUCCAGCAGACCGCCGACUGCCUCCAGUGCACCACCAUCAGCGAGCUGAAGAAGGCCGGCAAGACCCUCUCCGACGCCGACCUCAAGGAGUACGACGCCUACUCCAAGGAGACCGUCAAGAUCGAGCAGGAGCAGUGCAAGAAGCUCGGCAAGCGUGAGAUCCUCGGCCAGUUCCACUCGCGCAGCCUCGUCGAGCGCGCCACCGACAAGGAGAUCGAGGACUGGCAGAACGAGCUCAAGGCCCAGGUCGACGCCAAGUGCAUCGACAAGUGCAAGACCACCGUCUUCUCCGGCCGCCCCUGGAUUGACGCCUGCCACAUCGGCGACAUGAAGGAGUGCAACAAGUUCACCUGCGCUCGCUUCGACCAGAUGAUGGACUGCUCCUUCUGUAUCUCCGAGCCCGACUUCAAGGCCGCCGGCAUCGAGGGUGCCGCUCUCGACGAGUACCGCAAGAAGUACGAGGAGGAGGCCAAGAAGGAGUGCCAGGCUGAGAACGUCGAGCUCAACACUGCCUAA